UAGCACAUCUUUUAGACAGCAUGCUACUGCCUGUCUAUAGGGCAUUUUACACCCAUAAAGCCAAGUCCAGGUGUGACGGUUUCUAAAGACACUUUGACCUUCACGGUCCUUGCCAGCCCCCAGCUACAGAGAUCCAGCCUGCGGGGAACUGCAACAGCUCAUUGACCAGUAUUUGAUUGUAUUUUUAGCCUCUUCCCCUUCAAAUGAAAAUUAACUUGGAGACUACGAGAGUCCCAUGUGUUGUUGGAUAAUUCAAGGCUGCCUUGGCCAGGGAAGCAUCUGGUCUGGGACUUGGUGCUCUGCAAAGGGUUGAGCCCUCUCUCACUCUCACAGAUGGUCCUGGCAGCAGUAAUACGUAGAAGACAGGAAAGUAAUUAGUGCCACAGUGCAGCCAUUUUACCAGAUUCCUAGCAGGAGCUGCUUCUCAGAGCCUCUGGCCCAAUUCUCUUUAUCUCCAGAACUGAGAUAAAGGUGUGUGUGGGGGUGGGGGGGGAUAUGUUAAGGCAAAAAGGUAAACUUAAUAAGGGAUAAAUCAUGGGGUGUGGAGAACCAAAUAAAUACAGGCAUACCUCGUUUUAUUGCCCCUCGCUUCACUGAGCUUCACAGACACUGCAUUUUUUACACAUUGAAGGUGUGUGACAACCCUGUGCGAGCCAGUCUCUUGGUGCCAUUUGCCCAACAGCAUUUGCUCAUUUUGAGUCUCCAUCAUAUUUGGUGAUUCUCGCAAUAUUUCAAACUGUUUCAUUAUUAUAUUUAUUAGGGUGAUCUGUGAUCGGAGAGUAUGACUCUGACAGCUCAGCUGAGGGUUAUUUUUUAGCAGAAAAACACUUUUUAGUUAAGGUUUGUACUUUUUUUUUGGCCAAUGUUAUUGUACACUUAAUAGAUGACAGUGUAAUAUAAACAUAACUUUUAUAUGCAGUGGGAAACCAGAAAUCCAUUUGACUCACUUUAUUGUGAUAAACGCUUUACUGCAGUGGUCUGGAACCUAACCCGUGAUAUCUCCAAGGUAUACCCAUAAUGAAAAUAAAUAUGGACUAGCUUAGUACUGAAAAAUAUGAAGCAUGUGAGUUCAAAGUACUGACUGUGUCUCCAGUGACUAGGAAACUGAAGGCAAGCGAGUGGGUAUGUGUGUUUCAGUGCCUGCAUGUAAAAACUGUAGAUGACUCCUACUACAGUCUAUCCUGUGUGGGGUUAGCAAUACAAAUGUUAAGCUUUGUACCAGAGGCCUUUACCUUUCACUCCAUAUAGUGUGGGUCUAUUUUGAUUGUUGCCUUGAUGGUCCUUAGAAUGGAGCGGAUUCCGAAACUUCUAGCUGGACUCAUUCUGCUGACCAUAUGUGUGGUGGGCUGCUCCAGCCAACACUGGUCCUACGGACUGCGCCCUGGAGGAAAGAGAAAUGCUGAAAAUUUGAUUGAUUCCUUCCAAGAGAUGGCCAGAGAGGUCAGUCAGCUGGCAGAACCUCAGCGCCCCGAAUGCUCCGUCCACCAGCCCCGCUCUCCCCUCAGGGACCUGAGAGGGGCUCUGGAAAGUCUGAUUGAAGAGGAAACUGGGCAGAAGAUUUAAACCCACUGGGCCGGAAGCACCGACAACACUGAAGUGUCGUUCUGACACCGAAAUCGGUGACCCGUUUAUUAUCUGUCAAGUGUGUGAAUUUCAGAAAUUCUCAUGCUAAGUUGCACACAUUUCAUAAUGAAGGGCCGUGUUGUGAAUAAAGUGGCAUAAAUGUUAAGGUCUCUAACUCGGAAGUUUGCUGGGGGAGGGACAUCGCAAGCUCCCCAGGAGAGAACUGGAAGCGCCCCUACAGGGCGCAUGAGAGGCGAGGAGGCGGCAGGUCGG